AUGUCGUUUCCCUUCGAUCCCUUCUGGCCCAAUCCCUCCAAGUAUCGUUACAAGGACGUGUACCCCACCAAAGCUGCGGCCAAGGCUGCUGCACUGAAGGGGCGCGACACCUGUGCCCUGUGCCCUGCUGGCGGCGCGUUGCACUAUGGCGAUUGCUCUCUGCACGUUCCCUCCGCUUGGAUCGGUGCGCUGAGGGCAUCUGUGAUCGCCGACCUGUCACCCAAUUUAUGUGUAGGGGCCAUCGUCAACCCUCUCGUCCAACCCAGCCAUGAAUCUGCCACUGCGUGGGUCAACCACGUCCCAUGUAUGAUCCGCACCAGCCUUCCAAUCUACAUCGCCUGGCCCAAGGAUACUACUGAGGUUAUCCGUAAAUAUCCGUUCCUGCGGGACUACCUUCCCAAGCCAUGCGACAUUCGAGAGGUCGUCGCCAACGAUGCGGGUUGGGUCGUCAUGCAUCUGCGUCCCCAAGUCGUUAGCCAGCAGGUUUCGUUCUGA